AUGGGUCAUCAGCUUGAACAAUUUGGGAUUCUGACAGAGUGGUACAUGCUGGAAGCCCCAACGGAGACAGUCACUCUGGAAUACUUUAAAACUUCAAAGGGUAGUCCACCUGUUAAAAGAUUAACCCAAACCCAUAAACCAAGUGAACAAGACGCAGAGGACAAAAGCCAGUAUCUGGAACCCGCACCCCUUAUAUUUCCGAAGGAUUACGUGAUGAAGAAAUCAAAAUUGAUAAAUCUAUGGAUAGCACAGGGGUUUAUCAAGCAAUCCAAUCAAAAUGAAUGUCUUGAAGAUGUUGGUCAUGAGUAUUUCAUGGAUUUACUUUGGAGAUCUUUCUUUCAAGAAGCUGAAAUGGAUGAUUUGGGAAACGUGAUUGUGAGUAAAAUGCACGACCUCAUGCAUGAUCUUGCAAUGUCAGUGGCAGGAUCAUUGAUCACCAGAUUAGAAUCUAAGGAAAAAAUCAUUGGUGAUCAGAAAACUCGGCACAUAUCAGUUGUCAACAAUAUAGAUCUUUCCUUUAUAAUUCCAACUUUGACAUCUAAAGCCAGUAGGAUUCGAACACUUCUUUUGGUUGGUGAAUGCUGGUAUUCGCAAGAGUCAAGUACUUCAUGUGAAGCAAUCUUUUCAAAUUUGAAGAUCUUGCGAGUGCUAGGUUUACAUGGAAGAGGGCUUGAUUUAGUACCAAGUUCCAUAUGUAAGUUGAAGCAUUUAAGAGAUCUUGAUCUUUCAGGGAAUGAUAAAAUCGAGAAGUUGCCCGAUUCCAUAACUAGGUUGCAAAAUUUGUAUACACUAAGACUCUCUAAUUGCGAAAGGCUUAAAGAAUUGCCUAGAGGAAUUAUGAAAUUAGUCAACCUCAGGCAUCUUUACAAUGAUGGAUGUUGGAGUUUGACUUAUAUGCCAGGUGGAUUGGGGCAACUGACAAAUCUCCAGACAUUAUUUAAGUUUGUUGUCCACUCUGAUUCGGCCCCAGAGGAUAGUGGCAGGUUAAGCGAGCUAAAUAGACUAAAUAGCUUAAGAGGAGAAUUAGAGAUUUGGGGUUUGAGAAGUCGGGAGGAAGACGUGGCAUUAGACUAUAAGGGUGCAAAUCUAAAGAAGAAAGAACAUCUUCAGGUUUUGACUUUACAUUGGAGGGAAGAAAACAGAGAAAAUGUUAUUAAUGCAGGUGAUGAAAUGGCCUUGGAAGGAUUUGAACCUCACCCAAAUCUUAAAGAGCUGCAGAUAUCUAAUUAUAGGGGUGUGAGGGUUCCGAUGUGGCUUUUGUCACUCACAAAUCUUGUUCACUUGGUUUUAUGGGGUUGUAUGAGAUUGAAAUAUUUGCCACCAUUGAGUGGACUACCCUUUCUUAAGAGUAUUGAACUGAGCGGACUUAAAGAAAUAGAGUACGUAUCAGAUUGUAGUGACAACAAUGAGUUAUCUUUAUCUUCUUUUUCUUCAUCAGAAUUGUUUCCAUCUCUUGAGAGGAUGAUCCUCUUUAACUGUCAUAAUCUGAAGGGUUGGUGGAGGAGGAGUGACUCUUAUAAUGUGGAUGUCAAUACCAUUGAUCAUGAAAAUGCUUUACUAUUCCUUCGUCUUUCAAAAUUAUCAAUAAUCAAAUGCCCUCUGUUGACUUCAUUGCCAAUGUUUCCACAUCUGGAAGAAUAUUUACACCUAAGGAAUGCCAGGUGGAAGGUAGUGCAACAAACAAUAACGAAUGCCUCCUCCUCCGCUUCCUCUACACCCAUUGCCUUUUCAUCUCCUCCUCUCUCCAAAUUGAGGAAAAUAUCCUUAAAUCAAAUUGAGGAUCUAGAAACACUGCCAGUGCAAAACCUCAUAUCUCUCCAGAGUUUGAACAUAAUGUUUUGCCCUAAAUUAGAGUCUCUCUCCCAAGGUGUACAAUAUCUCACUGCACUUACAGAUCUGGACGUUCUCUAUUGUCCCGUGCUUGAUCUAGGCAAUGAUGAGCAUGGUAUGCAAUGGAAAGGGCUUAAAAGCCUCACCACUUUGAAGUUUAAAAGUAUUCCGAAAUUGGUGUCUCUCCCGUUGGGGCUUCAACAUGUUACCACUCUACGAGAGCUCCGAAUCUCAAAUUGUUCAAGCUUGAUGACUAUACCAGAGUGGAUAUGCAAUUGGACAUCACUUGAGCGGUUCACGAUUUCUAGAUGCUCUGGUUUAACAUCACUGCCUGAAGCAAUGAGUAGGCUAACCUCUUUGAAAGUGUUGACAAUUCAUGAUUGCCCCAUCUUAUUACAAAGAUGCGAACAAGACGGAGGUGAGGAUUGGCCCAAGAUUGCUCACAUCCCAAAGCUGGAGUACUCUGAUCCUGGUCCUGGACAGAUGAG